AUGCUGACGCCUCCCUCGCCAUCGACAUCUCCCACAUUGUAUCCGCACGAUCCGACAAAUAGUCGCAAGAGACAACGCUCGUUAUCAAUGGAAUCAGAGGCUUCGACUUCCUCACCAAAACGCUCGGCCUCGCAGGACCCUCAGACUCUCCAGUCUAACGACUUGACUUCCACGCCACCCUCCUUCCAUGAUACGACUCCAGACAAUGACAUCGACGCAUACAUGGCAGAGCAAGGCGAGGACAACGGCGUAGCUUUCCAACGGGCCUCGAGCUCGGUAUGGACAUCUGCGCAGAAGCUGCAGCACGUGGAGGAUGCGCUUAAGGCUCCGAUGGUGAAGGGCGAGACGUGGUAUAUCGUCUCCAGGAGGUGGUAUCAGCGUUGGAGGAAGGCGAUGACGGGCGAGGAGGAUAAAGAGGGCCGCCUCGAGGAAAAGGACGUGGGUCCGGUGGACAACAGCAACCUUUGCAGUCGGAACGGGGAAGUCACCUCGCAGCUGAUCGAGCACAUCGACUGCGAGUUUGUUCCGGAGGGAGUAUGGAAGUUGUAUGAGGAAUGGUAUGGUCCGCCGAAGUUCUCCCUCCCUCGGAAGGUCAUCGAGCGCGGUAUCAUGAAGGAACCCACCCUGGAACUUCGUCCUCCGAAGUUCUCUGUCUACCUAUUAAGCACUAGCAGCAUUCCCGGCCAGUCUACCCCGCCGAAAGAGGUUGUUUUGUCGUCGACAGACACGGUUACCCACGCGCGCAAGGCGUUCGCAGAGGCAAUCUCUACACAGAAAGCUGCCGGAGGCCAGUAUCGCGUGUGGCGUAUUCCUUCGCAGGCGACAUCGACCGAACUGUUAUACCCUGUGGAAAGGCUACGGACAUGCGGCGCGACUGAACUGGGUACCUCGGAGGCUACGGUGGAGGAAGAGUUCGUGGAUUCGGGAGAGGCCUUUGUGGUUGAGUUCAUGGACAGGGACGAGUGGACCGUCAAUCCCUCAGAAUUCACAAGUCAGCCUAAUGGGACUCUCCCCCAACUUACGCCGCCACCACCACCACCACCCACUCAGCCUGCCCCCUUGUUCAAUUCCAAUACGGACUUCUUUUCGCAGCUUCAGCAAAAGAGCCCUCCGGCAGUCAGUACGACUGCUGUGUCUCUGUUCAAGUCCGGCGCUGUUGCUUCAGCCGACAAACCCAGUACAUCCGCCCGCCCCAAGACUGCGCGAGAGCCAGGCACUUUAGGCCUCGGUAACAUGGGCAACACCUGCUUCAUGAAUUCUGCGCUGCAGUGUCUCGUGCAUACCCCCGAACUCGUGGAUUACUUCCUAACGGGCGUCUAUCAAGAAGAGCUCAACCCAGAUAACCCGCUUGGUAUGCACAGCGCCAUCGCGCAGGCGUUUGGGGCCAUGUUGACGCGUAUAUGGGACAACGAGUCUACACUAUCGUCGUACACUCCGCGUGAGUUCAAGCAGACGCUCCAACGCUUCGCGCCCCAGUUCAGUGGGUACCAGCAACACGACUCCCAGGAGCUUGUUGCCUUCUUGCUGGACGGUCUUCAUGAGGAUCUCAAUCGGGUACUCAAGAAGCCGUAUGUGGAGAAGCCGGAUUGGGAGGGUGGUGGUGACAAGGAGCUCGUCGAACUUGCCAAUCUGUCCUGGGAGGGAUACAUGAAGCGUAACGACAGCGUCGUAGUCGACUUGUUUCAGGGACAGUACCAGAGUACGUUGGUAUGCCCCGAGUGCAACAAGGUGUCGAUCACCUUCGAUCCCUUCAUGUAUCUUACCCUACCUCUACCGGUCCAGAAGAAAUGGCAGCAUGACAUCCUCUACGUUCCUUGGGAUUUGGAGAAGCCACACGUCAAGAUACCGAUCGAAAUCACCCGCGAUGCGUCGUUCAAGGCAGUGCGCCAAUUGCUGGGAAGAUGGAUGAACUCCAAUCCAGAGAAUCUGCUUACGCUCGAAAUCUUCAACCACCGGUUCUACAAAAACUUGGAUGACACCGUUGGCGUUGACGAUAUGUCAGAGCAAGACACGAUCGUAUGUUUCGAACUCCCAUGUAACGCUCAGCAGAGCAGGACGUACAAACCUCAGCCCAACGACCCGUUCAUUGUCCCCGUUUUCGCGAGCGAAACCACUCCGUCUCGAGCGGGUUACGGUCGCGGAUCCAAUCUCUUCGCCAGUCCCUUCGUUGUGGUCAUUACUCAGGAGCAGGCGAAGGAUCCUGAAGCGAUGUACGAUGCUGUCGUGGACCGGUUGCAACGUUGGACCAUUCACGCUCGCGACCUCUUCACUUGGGAGGCUGGAAGCAGGUCAGACGACAUGGAGCCCGUCCACAUCCCAAUCUCAGGCUCACCCGUCCGGGACACCAUCACGGAGAUCAAGGAGAACGGUGACAUUGUGACCGUCGAGGAGCGAGUCCCGGAUGAGGGUGAUAUCGCCGACGAGAAAGCAACCAUCGUUCAGCAAGCGGACGAAGACGACGAUAUGGACCUCGCCUCCGCCGUCCCCCGUAAAGUCGGUUUCAAGCGCGACCUCUUCCAGAUACGUGUCCACAAAUGUAGUCAGCCAUACGGGGUUGGUUACAACAGCUACAGCAGCAACCCCGGCCGCUACGACACUUGGGAGCAGCGGGCUGCUACGGCCAAGGACGGUGUGCUCCUUCGCCAGCAUGACGCUUUCUACCUCGAAUUCGAUAACCCUGUGAAGACGUACUACUUUGGCGACGAGAGCAACCACUGGGAGUACGCACUCUGGAACAAGUUUGAUGAGUUCGUGCAUCCGGAGCUUGUGGCGUCGCGCAAGGCUGCAUCGACACAUAAGAAGAAGGGUAUAACGCUGCAGGAUUGCUUGGACGAGUUCACGAAGGAGGAGAAGCUGGGCGAGGACGAUCUGUGGUAUUGCCCGCGGUGUAAGAAGCACCAGCAGGCGACGAAGCGAUUCGAUCUGUGGAAGGUGCCGGACAUUCUCGUCGUGCACCUGAAGCGAUUCAGCAAUAGUCGCAUGCUCCGGGACAAGAUCGACACGUUUGUCGACUUCCCGCUCGAGGGUCUGGACUUGACCUCGAUGGUGGGCGAGCGGUCAGUCGGGAAGCGGCUCCAGGAAACCGGCGUGGACGUGGAGUCGCUGGGUCUCCACGACCUGGAGGAGCCUUUGGUAUACGACUUGUUUGCUGUGGACGAGCACCUUGGUGGACUUGGUGGCGGACACUAUCGCGCGUACGCGCUGAACCACGCCACCGGCAAGUGGUACCACUUCGAUGACUCAUAUGUUACACCAGCCAGACCAGAGCAAGCGGUGAACUCGAACGCCUACCUUCUCUUCUACCGACGGCGUACCCGUCGUCCGAUCGGUGGCAAGAGCCACGAGAAGGUCGAAGCUGCCCGCGUACAGCCCAAAGUGCACGUCGACGACGUUUCCCACAGGGGCAUGCAGAUUCCCACUCCCCCAAGUGAUGGCUCCGUUUCCCGAGGAGACCCUUCCGUGGGUAGCAUACCUGCGACCAUCCUGGAAUGGCCCACGCCGGACUCAAUGGUUCCUUCCUCUCCCAGCUCACCACCACCUCCGCUUGAGGGCCUUCCUCCGUCUUUCGAUGAUGCUCUCUAUGACCCGAUCGUUCAAUCGUCGCCGCUCGCUGAGAUCCAGCUUUCCGCGGCGCAGCUGGAAUUCCCUGAUCCGUCAUCCCACGGAUCGCCGUCAUCCGUCGAUGCUGAGCCGGACCUCGAGGACAACGACGAGAGUCCCUUUUUCCAGUCCAGUUUCGACGAUGAUCCGACUCAGGAUAUCUCCGACGAUUCGGUUCGGCUGCGCAAGGCAAAUUUCUCGGACGAUGAUGACGACGAAGUGGUGGACGACGCGACGGACGUUAUAAUGACGCCCGCCGAGUCUGAGUUGGACGAGACCGAGAAUGAUGGUUCUUCAUCACGAUGAAUGUCAUGACAAAAGGACAUUAGCACAAGACGCAGAGAACGCGCAAGUCGACUUCGAAUUGGAGGCGGACUGCGUUGUACAAUGGCUGUAGAUAGGUAGAGUCAGCUAAUGCGUAUGUCGUAGAUCACCGCAACGUGUAAUUCCACCCACAAUUGCAUCUCAGUAUAUA